AUGUUCGGAACUCCAACCUCAACCCCCGCGUUCGGCGGAGCGUCCUCUACCCCGGCGUUUGGCACUCCGUCCUCAACAAGCCUGUUCAGUACUCCCUCUACUCCGGCGUUUGGCACUCCAGGCUCAACCCCUGCUUUUGGUGCUUCGUCUUCCACCCCAGCCUUCGGCACACCAUCAACGCCGACGUUUGCCACUAGCGCCUUUGGAUCGUCGCCGUUUGCCUCUCCGUUCGGUCAACAGUCACAGUCGCAGCCGCAGAGUAAUCUGUUUCAGACUCCCGCCGCGGCGCAGAGCUCCAGUCCUUUCGGCUUCUCGACGCCGUUCGGUGCUCAACCGCAACAACCGAUUUCGUCUCCGUUUGGCCAGCCUGCUGCAACGACGCCGUCAUUGCCUUUUGCCAAUGCUCAGCUGACUACUCAGAUGGCUCCGGUCGCUCCUCUCCCUUUCUCUCUCCCUGAUCGUGAUAUACAAGCAAUUGUUGAUGCUUACAAGGAGGAGACUGGAAACCCUAAGUAUGCAUUUAAGCAUCUACUGUUCAGUGUUAUUGAACCUCAAUUUAGGCAGAAGCCAGCCGGUGUAUCAGAUAUAAUGUGGGCAGAGGCCAUGGGAAAACUUGAAGGUAUGGAGAGUUCUAAACGUGAGCGCCUUUGGCCGCAGCUUGUUCAUGGCUUUAAAGAUCUGUCACAGCGUCUUAAGUUGCAAGAUGAAGUCAUAGUCUCUGAUUCUGAGAGAUUAAAGACCACACAGAGCAAUGUUAAAAUGCUUCAAAGGCAUCUUCAAGCUGAUACUUUCCCUCGAAUUCAAAGGAUGAGGCAGAAGGAGCAGAUUCUUCAAAGACGCCUCCUGAGGGUGAUGAGAAUCAUUGAGGCAUUGGAAGGCAAAGGUUGCCGGUUGCCUUUGAUGAAAGGUGAAGCUGAACUGGCAGAGAAAUUAGCUUCAAUAACUCGACAGUUAAAAGGAUCCGGGGCAGAUCUUGCCCGCAGGGUCCAGAAUCUGCUGACUUUGGCCCGUGUACAAAGCAAUGGCCUCGGUGGUGGUUCUUUAUAUGUACCAGGAUCAACUAAAAUACAUGAGCAGAGCCUCACAGACAUGCAUGAGGUGUUACAACAGCAAACUGAGGCCAUUGCUAGGCUUGGAAAUGUUUUGAAGAAAGAUAUUCGGGAUUUGGAGAUCAUCUUGGCUGAGGAUAUAGAAAUGUCGGAGGAUUGA